AUGAAAUCUCACCGGAAAUUCCAGAUCUACGGCGUCCUCCUCCUCCUCGCCACGCUCGCCGGAUCUGGACAGAGCUUCUACCUUCCCGGCAGCUACCCUCACAAGUAUGGUGUCGGGGACUACCUGAACAUGAAGGUCAACUCUCUGACCUCCAUCGACACCGAGAUCCCCUUCAGCUACUACGAUCUCCCCUUCUGCCGCCCGGCGGAAGGCAUCAUGGACAGCCGCGAGAACCUCGGAGAGCUCCUCAUGGGCGACCGGAUCGAGAACUCCCCUUACCGAUUCAAAAUGUACACCAACGAAACCGACAUUUUCCUCUGCGGUACCAAGCCCCUCUCGGCCGACGAGUUCAAGCUCCUGGCCAAGAGGAUAGACGAGAUGUACCAGGUCAACGUGAUCCUUGACAACCUGCCCGCCAUCCGGUACACAACCAAGGACGGGUUCACGCUGCGGUGGACUGGAUACCCGAUCGGCGUCAAGGUUCAGGACACGUAUUACGUGUUCAAUCACCUCAAAUUCACUGUUCUCGUUCAUAAAUACGAGGAGACCAAUGUGGCUCAGGUUAUGGGCACGGGGGAUGCGGUCGAGGUUGUCCCCACGGUUGGGAGGGAAGGUUCAGAUGCCCCCGGGUACAUGGUUGUCGGAUUUGAGGUGGUCCCCUGCAGUUUCAGGCAUGACCCAAACUCGUUGAAGAAUUUGAAAAUGUAUGAUAAGUAUCCUGUUCCGAUUAACUGCGAUCCAGGUACAGUUGCCAUGCCCAUCAAGGAGAACGAGCCGAUUUCCUUCACGUACGAGGUAUCGUUUGUUGAGAGAGACGACAUCAAGUGGCCUUCCAGGUGGGACGCUUAUCUCAAGAUGGAGGGUGCAAAAGUGCACUGGUUUUCAAUCUUGAACUCUCUUAUGGUGAUCACUUUCCUGGCCGGUAUAGUGCUUGUAAUCUUUCUGAGGACCGUCAGGCGGGACCUCACCAGGUACGAGGAGCUCGAUAAGGAGGCACAGGCCCAGAUGAACGAGGAGCUCUCGGGCUGGAAGCUUGUCGUGGGUGAUGUCUUCCGGGCCCCAGCUAACUCGACUCUCCUUUGCGUGAUGGUUGGUGAUGGAGUCCAAAUACUCGGAAUGGCUGUCGUGACAAUUCUGUUUGCCGCCUUAGGGUUUAUGUCACCAGCCUCCCGGGGGGCCUUGAUUACGGGCAUGCUGUUUUUCUACAUGGUGCUCGGGAUUCUGGCCGGGUAUGUGGCUGUCCGCAUGUGGCGGACCAUCUUCUGUGGGGACAACAAGGGGUGGUUCUCUGUCUCAUGGUGGGCCGCGUGCUUUUUCCCCGGUAUCUCAUUCGUGAUCCUCACGACUCUGAAUUUCCUGUUGUGGGGCAGCCACAGCACGGGCGCAAUCCCAUUUUCCCUGUUUGUCGUGCUCAUCUUGCUCUGGUUCUGUAUCUCGGUCCCUCUCACACUAGUUGGAGGCUAUUUUGGGGCCCGGGCGCCCCAUAUUGAGUAUCCCGUCCGGACCAAUCAGAUUCCUCGGGAAAUCCCACCUCAAAAGUAUCCAUCUUGGCUCUUGGUUCUUGGGGCGGGCACGCUUCCUUUUGGGACGCUAUUUAUCGAGCUUUUCUUCAUCAUGUCCAGCAUUUGGAUGGGGCGAGUUUAUUACGUGUUUGGGUUUUUGCUCAUUGUCAUGGUGCUUUUGGUAGUGGUCUGUGCUGAGGUAUCGCUCGUGCUAACAUACAUGCACCUGUGCGUCGAGGACUGGCGGUGGUGGUGGAAAUCGUUCUUUGCCUCGGGCUCGGUCGCCAUAUACAUCUUUCUUUACUCGGUCAACUAUCUGGUGUUUGACCUCAAGAGUUUGAGUGGGCCCGUCUCAGCCACACUUUAUCUUGGUUACUCGUUGUUUAUGGUGCUUGCGGUUAUGCUGGCAACGGGUACAGUCGGUUUCCUUUCCUCGUUCUGGUUUGUGCACUACUUGUUUUCGUCUGUGAAGCUGGACUGA